AUGGCAACAAAUCCAGCAUCUCUUUCUCCACCUAUCUUCAAUGGUGAGCAGUACCAUGUUUGGGCUGUGAAAAUAAAGACCUAUUUAAGAGGCCAUUCCUUAUGGCAAUAUGUGGAGGAAGAGAGACAAAUCCCUCAACUUAGAGCAAACCCAACACUGAAUCAGAUUAGGAUACAUGAAAAGGAGGUUGCAAAGGCUCCAAGAGCACUCUCCUGCAUCCAUUCUGUAGUAACUGACCAGGUCUUUUCCAGGGUAAUGGCUUGUGAUACUCCUAAAGAAGCUUGGGACAAGUUCAGGGAGGAGUUUGGGGGAAGUAGCCAAACCAGAAACAUGCAGAUCCUUAACUUAAGAAGAGAGUUUGAAGUGCUCAAAAUGCAAGAAACUGAAAAUGUCAAGGAGUAUGUGGAUAGAUUAAUGAAUGUUGUAAACAAGAUUAAGUUGCUUGGGGAGGAGCUGACUAAUCAAAGGAUUGUGGAGAAGGUUUUGGUUAGUUUGCCCGAAAGAUUUGAAGCAAAAAUCUCCUCACUUGAAGACUCAAAAGAUCUGUCCCAGAUCAGCCUAGCUGAACUUGUGCAUUCCCUUCAAGCACAAGAAUAG